AUGGCCUCCCCUGGGCCCCAGCGCUCAAGCCAGGCGGCCUCGCCUGGCGGCGCCGCCGCCAUACUGGGCUCUUCCUGCCAGGCCACCAGCAGCCUAAGCGCCGAACUGGGGCUGCUGCUGAAGGAGCUGCCUGGCCUUGUGGCCAGCCAAGCUCCGCAGGACCGAGAUCGCCUGGCGAACAUGCUGAGAUCUGUGCAAGGGAUGGUGUGCACAGAUUCGCUGGCAGCUGCGGCAGCGGUGCCCCCUUGUGCCAGCGUUCGCUAUGACGGUGCUGGGUAUGGAGCUGGAUGUUAUGAAUGUGCUGAUGAAGUAUUCGCAGCCUACGGCGAGAUAUCUGGAAGUGCUGGCCAGUUUGGUGCUCACUUUGCGCCACCUGAGCGCUUUGUGUCCUGGAUGGAGGCGGCUGUGGGAGCUGCCAACACGCUGCGCAUGCAUCCCGCCACGCAAAACACAGCUGGAGCGGAUGGCGUGCCCACAACCGUAGUUAUCCUCGAAAAGAUGGCGGAGAAUCUUUUUUAUGCACCGACCUUUGAGCAGUUCCGUGCUAUCCAGCAAGGUGGCAGCUGGCACACGGGACUUAUUGAGCUCAUUGUACCGGCGCUGCACAGGACCGCCAUCAUUCUGCAGCUGCCAGCCGAACGGCGCCCAGCAGUACUUAACUGGGAUGACAUUGGCGCCAUGGCAGCUGUCCUGGCAGCCAAAGAAGUGGGAGAUGCGCUGGAGGAGCACAUGCAGGCAGAGAUGGGACACGCCAGACAGGUGGUCAGCAGCAGCACCCUGCGCCUGCUGUGCAUGGCGUGCCUUUUGGUGGUGCAUGCGCCGCUGCACGCAACCGAUUUGCAGCCAGAGCUGCUGACAAAACUGAUGCAGCUGUUGGGCAGAGUGUGCCAGCAUGCAUUUUGCGCUCUGCAUGGGUUCAGCGCCAAUGACCUGCUCGGCCGCCAGCAGAUGGCACAGCUCUCGCGGUUGGCGGAGCAGCUGCUGCAAGCGUUGCCACGCCUGCCUCAGAUGCUGCAGCUUCUGGCAGCAGAUGAGGAGCAGCAGUUUGGGUUAGACUCAGUUGUAGUCGUGUGUGACGGAUGGGAGGAGGCAGCCUGUCUGAUGGAGAAGCUGCUGGAACUCUCCAUUCCUGAAGGACUCGGCAGCUCGGCAGCCGCAGCCAACAGCGCGGCAGAUCUUCCGGCAUGGUGCAGGGCAGGUAGCGCAGCCAUUCGCGCCCUACCUCCGCUAGCAGCCAUAGCCCAGCAGCUCCAGGGCCUGUCACUUUAUCGCCUUCAAAGCCUGCUUGCCAGGCUUUUUGAGUUCUCAGUCUCCCUUUCGGCAGCUGCAUCAGCGGUCGCAGGAAGGCGACACAGAGCCAGCCAGAUGCUCCAGGCUGUCAUUUGCGAUGCGGGCCGCAUGGAUGAGCUGCUUGAUGCAGCUCCACAGCGGCAGCCCUGCCAAAACUGCGCUGAAGUCGCUGGCACCAUCGCAGUGUGCGCCGCCCAGUGCCCAGCGGCAGUCGAGUCUCCUCUCUGGGAACUGCUCAGGCAGACAGUAAUGAACAUGUGCCCAGCGGUUGCCCAUCAACACGCAGUCACCGGCCUGCUCUCCAUGCUGCUGGCUGCGUUUGAUGGGAUAUGCACCGCAGCGGCAGACAUGAUGACAGCGCCGGGCAGCGGCUUGGCCAGUCUUCAGCCUGAGCUGGCCUGGCUGGAAUCCACGCUCGGCCACCUACGCCAUCAGGAUGUGUCUGUAUUCCCGUGGGCGAGAGCAAGAAUGGUCGUCACUAGUAUGCAUACGCAAACCAGUGCUGUCUCUCCCGCUCGCCAGCUGGCAGCGGCGCUGUUGGAGCACUGGGGCCAGCCGGAGCAGCAGCAGCAGGAUGCGCUGCAGCUGGCACAGGCGGACGCCACCCGCAGCUGCGCCUACCUGCGCUGUGCCAAUGUUGGCGGGGAGGGUGGCCCGGCCGCAAGCCAGGGCUCCGGCAGCCGGCGAUGCGGGCAGUGCCGUGCGGUGUGGUACUGCAACACUGUCUGCUCUCAUGCGGACUGGCGGCAGGGCGUGCAUCGGCACGUGUGCAAGGCGCUCAGGGAAGUGCGCCAGCAGGAGAAGCAGCAGGCUCGGGCGGCGCAGCAGCCGACAGCAGGUUGAGCCGCUGGCAUCAGCAGCAAGAUCAGCACAAAAGGCGUCCUCUAUUGGCAUUUCCUGUUACAAUUUCAUUUCUGCAUGUUUUUGUGUACACACAUCAAAUCAGCAUGUACCUUCUCUUUCCUCACCGUCAUCCUCAAAUUUACAAAUAAAACGAAUGGCCAGCUGAUUGAGUUUAAAAUGAAUCACAAUUC